AUGUCAACUGAAUACUCUGCUGAUUCAUCUAAAUCAUUUAUGAUUGCAAUGCAAUCUAUGAUUGAUACUUCACAAACCUUUAAUCUAGAUAGAUCGAAAAUCUCUUUACCAGAUUUUGAUGACGAGCUAAAAAAAGUCCAAAAGGAUGAACAAAAUCAAAGAACUGAACUAACUGUUCUCUCACAAGAUAGAAAUGAUUGGGAUGAUAUAUUUGAGGAGUUUAAAGACAUUUCAUUUGCUCAACUGCAAUCUAUAAUUGAUUCAUACAAAACAAAGAAUGCAGUUGCAGUAUAUAAAAAAAUUGGAAAACUAAUCAAUGAAGCUGAAACGACACUAAGCAGCAAUGUAUUAUUAGAAACUGUACUGCAAAUGGUUUAUAAACAUCAAAAGCAAGAGUUAGAGAAAGAAUUGUUGGAUUUUUUAGGAACAGGGAAUAUAGACCUUGUUUCUCUGUUACUUCAGCAUAGAAGAAUGAUCGUUGCUACACCUAUAGAAACGACGAUUCUGCUAAUAAAAAAUGCGGUCAAUUCAACGCCAGAGUUCCUGACACAGCAAGAUAUCAGGAAUCAAGUUUUGAAAAGUGCAGAGGAUGCCAAGAAUAGGAAAUUAAAUCCCGCCACUAAAAUAAUCAAGUACCCACACGUCUUCAGAAAAUAUGAAGCAGGAUCCACUACAGCUAUGGCCUUUGCCGGUCAAAAAUUCACUUUGCCAGUAGGGACUACAAGGAUGUCGUACAAUACCCAUGAAGAAAUUAUAAUUCCGGCAGCAGAUCAGGCAUCCAACAAGAACUAUCUCUAUACAAAACUAUUGAAAAUAAGUGAUUUGGAUCAUUUUUGCAAGACUGUAUUUCCCUAUGAAACUUUAAACCAAAUACAAUCCCUUGUUUACCCCGUAGCUUAUAAAACAAAUGAAAAUAUGCUAAUUUGUGCACCUACUGGUGCAGGUAAAACAGACAUUGCAUUACUGACAAUAAUUAAUACAAUAAAACAAUUCUCCGUGGUCAACGGGGAAAAUGAAAUUGAUAUUCAAUAUGAUGAUUUUAAAGUUAUUUAUGUUGCCCCUUUGAAAGCACUCGCUGCUGAAAUCGUCGACAAGUUUAGUAAGAAAUUGGCGCCUUUUAAUAUACAAGUAAGGGAGUUAACAGGCGAUAUGCAAUUGACAAAGGCGGAAAUUUUAGCCACUCAAGUAAUAGUCACAACCCCUGAGAAAUGGGACGUUGUCACCCGUAAAGCAAACGGCGACAACGAUUUGGUUUCAAAGGUCAAAUUACUAAUUAUUGAUGAAGUUCAUUUACUGCACGAAGAUAGAGGUUCGGUUAUUGAAACUUUAGUUGCACGUACCUUGAGACAGGUAGAAAGCUCUCAAUCAAUGAUUCGUAUUAUCGGUCUAUCAGCUACAUUACCCAAUUUUAUGGAUGUAGCAGAUUUCUUAGGAGUAAAUAGACAGAUCGGAAUGUUCUAUUUUGAUCAAUCAUUCCGUCCAAAGCCUCUAGAGCAGCAACUUUUGGGCUGUAGAGGUAAGGCAGGUAGUAGACAAAGUAAAGAGAAUAUCGAUAAAGUCGCUUACGACAAAUUGAGUGAAAUGAUUCAAAGAGGGUACCAGGUAAUGGUAUUUGUCCACUCAAGAAAGGAAACUGUUAAAAGUGCAAGAAACUUUAUCAAACUAGCAGAAUCUAACCACGAAGUUGACCUUUUUGCACCUGACCCUAUCGAAAAGGAUAAAUAUUCUAGAAGUUUAGUGAAGAACAGAGACAAGGAUAUGAAGGAGAUUUUUCAAUUUGGUUUUGGUAUCCAUCAUGCUGGUAUGGCCCGUUCAGAUAGAAAUCUUACUGAAAAAAUGUUUAAAGACGGUGCUAUCAAGGUACUGUGUUGUACUGCAACAUUAGCAUGGGGUGUUAAUUUACCUGCUGAUUGUGUUAUCAUCAAGGGUACACAAGUAUAUGAUUCUAAAAAGGGUGGAUUCAUAGAUCUAGGUAUUUCAGAUGUUAUUCAGAUUUUUGGCAGGGGUGGUAGGCCGGGCUUCGGUUCCGCAAAUGGUACGGGUAUUUUAUGUACUUCCAAUGAUCGUCUGGAUCAUUAUGUUUCCUUAAUUACUCAACAACACCCUAUCGAAUCUAGAUUCGGUUCCAAGUUGGUUGAUAACCUGAACGCCGAAAUUUCAUUGGGGAGCGUGACAAAUGUAGAUGAAGCAAUCGAAUGGCUUGGUUACACAUACAUGUUUGUUCGUAUGAGAAAAAAUCCUUUUACUUACGGUAUUGAUUGGGAGGAAAUUGCAAAUGACCCGCAAUUAUAUGAACGGAGGAGAAAAAUGAUCGUAGUAGCUGCAAGGCGAUUACAUGCUCUCCAAAUGAUUGUGUUCGAUGAAGUGUCAAUGCAUUUCAUUGCAAAGGAUUUGGGCAGGGUGUCCUCUGAUUUUUAUCUUUUGAACGAAUCCGUCGAGAUAUUCAAUCAAAUGUGUGAUCCCAGAGCCACCGAAGCUGAUGUAUUGUCCAUGAUCAGUAUGAGCAGUGAAUUUGACGGUAUAAAAUUUAGAGAAGAAGAAUCCAAGGAGUUGAAGAGACUUUCUGAUGAAUCUGUUGAGUGCCAGAUUGGAAGCCAACUUGACACCCCUCAAGGUAAAGCAAACGUGCUAUUACAGGCUUAUAUUUCCCAGACUAGAAUUUUUGACUCAGCACUAUCAUCCGAUUCGAAUUAUGUUGCUCAGAACUCUGUUAGAAUUUGUAGAGCAUUGUUUUUAAUAGGUGUCAAUAGAAGAUGGGGUAAAUUUUCAAACGUCAUGCUAAAUAUUUGCAAAUCUAUUGAAAAGAGGCUCUGGGCCUUUGAUCACCCUCUCUGUCAGUUUGAUUUGCCUGAAAAUAUUAUCAGACGCAUCAGAGAUACUAAACCUUCCAUGGAGCAUCUUUUAGAAUUAGAGGCAGAUGAGCUCGGAGAGCUGGUGCAUAAUAAGAAGGCCGGGUCUAGGUUAUAUAAAAUAUUGAGCCGAUUUCCAAAGAUUAAUAUAGAAGCUGAGAUUUUCCCCAUUACAACAAAUGUAAUGAGGAUACAUAUUGCAUUAGGUCCAGACUUUGUAUGGGAUUCCCGGAUACAUGGUGAUGCACAGUUUUUUUGGGUUUUCGUUGAAGAAUCUGAUAAGUCGCAAAUCCUUCAUUUUGAAAAGUUCAUCUUAAACAGAAGGCAGUUGAAUAAUCAGCAUGAAAUGGACUUCAUGAUCCCAUUGUCAGACCCUUUGCCUCCGCAGGUUGUCGUAAAGGUUGUGUCGGAUACUUGGAUUGGCUGUGAAUCGACCCAUGCCAUCUCUUUUCAACAUUUAAUCAGACCAUUUAACGAAACUUUACAGACAAAAUUGUUGAAGUUACGUCCUCUACCUACAUCAGCCCUCCAGAAUCCUUUAAUUGAGUCAAUUUAUCCUUUCAAGUAUUUCAAUCCCAUGCAAACUAUGACAUUUUAUACACUUUACAAUACCAAUGAGAAUGCGUUUGUUGGCUCGCCUACAGGUUCUGGUAAAACGAUUGUGGCUGAAUUGGCUAUAUGGCAUGCCUUCAAAACAUUUCCUGGGAAAAAGAUUGUUUAUAUCGCACCAAUGAAAGCAUUAGUACGUGAAAGGGUUGAUGACUGGAGAAAGAAAAUAACACCAGUGACCGGAGAUAAAGUUGUAGAGUUAACCGGUGAUUCUUUGCCAGAUCCUAAAGAUGUGCAUGAUGCCACCAUUGUUAUUACAACUCCAGAAAAGUUUGAUGGUAUUUCCCGUAAUUGGCAAACUCGUAAGUUUGUUCAAGAUGUAUCUUUAAUUAUCAUGGAUGAAAUUCAUUUGUUGGCUAGUGAUCGUGGUCCUAUCUUAGAAAUGAUUGUUAGUCGUAUGAAUUAUAUUUCCUCUCAAACCAAGCAACCGGUCAGACUGCUAGGUAUGUCAACUGCUGUUUCAAACGCCUACGACAUGGCUGGCUGGUUGGGAGUUAAGGACCACGGACUGUAUAACUUCCCGUCAAGCGUCCGUCCGGUUCCAUUGAAAAUGUACAUUGAUGGAUUUCCAGAUAAUUUGGCAUUCUGUCCUCUGAUGAAAACAAUGAACAAACCUGUGUUUAUGGCCAUUAAACAACAUUCACCUGAUAAACCAGCAUUAAUAUUUGUUGCAUCGCGUAGACAAACUAGACUAACGGCUUUAGACUUGAUCCACUUAUGUGGAAUGGAAGAUAAUCCACGUAGGUUUUUGAAUAUAGACGAUGAGGAGGAACUGCAAUAUUACUUAUCACAGGUCACUGACGACACUUUAAAGUUAUCACUCCAGUUCGGUAUUGGAUUGCAUCAUGCAGGUCUAGUGCAAAAAGAUCGUUCUAUUUCUCAUCAGUUGUUUCAAAAAAACAAAAUUCAGAUUCUGAUCGCUACAUCAACCCUAGCGUGGGGUGUCAAUUUGCCAGCUCACUUGGUUAUCAUCAAAGGUACACAAUUUUUUGAUGCAAAAAUUGAAGGAUAUAGAGAUAUGGAUUUAACAGAUAUCUUGCAAAUGAUGGGGAGAGCUGGUAGACCGGCUUAUGACACUACAGGUACUGCUAUCGUUUAUACAAAAGAGUCCAAAAAAAUGUUUUAUAAACAUUUCCUAAACGUUGGUUUUCCUGUCGAGUCCUCCUUGCACAAGGUAUUAGAUGAUCAUUUAGGUGCAGAAAUAACGUCAGGUAGCAUAACUAAUAAGCAAGAAGCGUUAGAUUUUUUGAGUUGGACAUUUUUGUUUCGUAGAGCGCAUCAUAACCCGACAUAUUAUGGCAUUGAAGAUGAUACAAGUACAGCAGGAGUCAGUGAACAUUUGAGUUCUUUGAUAGAUAGCACAUUAGAAAAUCUGCGAGAAUCACAAUGUGUUUUAUUACAUGGAGAUGAUAUUGUUGCUACGCCAUUCUUAAGUAUAUCCUCAUACUACUAUAUUUCACAUUUAACGAUACGCCAAUUAUUGAAACAGAUACAUGAUCAUGCGACUUUUCAAGAGGUAUUACGAUGGUUAUCGUUGGCUGUUGAGUAUAAUGAAUUGCCUGUAAGAGGUGGUGAAAUUAUCAUGAAUGAAGAAAUGUCGCAGCAAUCGAGGUACUCCGUUGAAAGCACUUUUACCGAUGAAUUCGAAUUACCGAUGUGGGAUCCACAUGUAAAAACAUUUUUAUUACUUCAAGCUCAUUUAAGCCGUGUAGAUUUACCGAUUGCAGAUUAUAUCCAGGAUACCGUAUCAGUUUUGGAUCAAUCUCUACGUAUUCUACAGGCUUAUAUUGAUGUCGCCAGUGAAUUGGGUUACUUUCAUACGGUAUUGACCAUGAUAAAGAUGAUGCAAUGCAUAAAGCAAGGGUAUUGGUAUGAAGACGAUCCUGUUAGUGUACUUCCAGGAUUACAACUGAGAAGAAUCAAAGAUUACACUUUUAGCGAGCAGGGGUUCAUUGAAAUGACGCCGCAGCAAAAGAAGAAAAAGCUGUUAACCUUGGAGGAAAUAGGAAGGUUUGGAUAUAAGAAAUUAUUAAAUGUUUUUGAUCAACUAACUUUUGGAAUGACAGAAAGCGAAGAUACGAAAAAACGUUUCGUCAGUGUCUGCCAAAGAUUACCGGUUUUAGAAGGCAUGAAAUUUGAAGAACAGGAAAAUAACGAGGUGUUAACAUUUUAUAGCAAGCACCUUUCUAGUAAGCAUAAUAAUGGGUUUGAAGUAUAUUGUGAUAAAUUCCCUAAGAUACAAAAAGAACUAUGGUUUUUAAUUGGACACAAAGGCGAUGAACUGCUGAUGAUUAAAAGGUGUCAACCAAAACAAAUGAAUAAAGAGGUCAUAAUACAUUGUGAUCUAUUUAUUCCCGAAGAAAUUCGUGGCGAAGAAUUGCAAUUUUCCCUUAUUAAUGACGCUUUAGGAUUACGUUAUGAUAUGGUCCAUAAACUAAUCUCUUAG